UUCCUGUUCCUCUCGUUCAGGCAGCAGCAAGAAGCAGAGUGUGAUUGGUCAGCAGAGUGAAAACAAUGGAUGCCAAAUUUCAGCGUGUGGCAUUAAAUGACGGACACUCCAUUCCUGUGCUGGGACUGGGCACCUAUGCACCUGAUGAGGUUCCUAAGAGUAAGGCUACAGAGGCUACCAAAAUAGCUAUAGAUGUUGGCUUCCGCCACAUUGAUGCUGCUUAUGUGUACCAAAAUGAAGAGGAAGUUGGUCUGGCCAUCCGCAGCAAGAUCGCAGAUGGCACUGUGAAGAGGGAAGACAUAUUCUACACCUCCAAGCUUUGGUGCACUUUCCUUCGACCAGAGCUGGUCCGACCAAGCUUGGAAAAAUCACUGAAAAAACUUCAACUGGACUAUGUUGAUCUCUAUAUUAUUCAUUUCCCAGCAGCUCUGAAGCCUGGGGAGGACUUAUUUCCAAGAGAUGAAAACGGAAAAGUAAUAUUUGACACUGUAGAUAUCCGUGCCACCUGGGAGGCCUUGGAAAAGUGCAAGGAUGCAGGACUGACCAAGUCCAUCGGGGUUUCGAACUUCAACCGCAGGCAGUUGGAGAUGAUUCUGAACAAGCCAGGCCUCAAGUACAAGCCUGUGUGCAACCAGGUGGAAUGUCAUCCUUACCUUAACCAACACAAACUGCUAGAUUUCUGCAAAUCGAAAGAUAUUGUUCUGGUUGCCUACAGUGCACUAGGAUCACAUCGGGAGCCAAAAUGGGUGGACCAGAGCACUCCAGUUCUUCUGGAUGAUCCGGUCAUUUGUGCCUUGGCAAAAAAGCAUAACCGAAGCCCAGCCCUGAUUGCCCUUCGCUACCACCUGCAGCGUGGGGUUGUGGUCCUGGCCAAGAGUUUCAGUGAGAAAUGGAUCAGAGAGAAUAUUCAGGUUUUUGAAUUCCAGUUGUCCUCAGAAGACAUGAAAGCUCUAGAUGGACUGAACAGAAAUGUUCGAUACACUACUGCUAAUUUUGCUGCUGGACACCCAGAGUACCCAUUUUCUGAUGAAUAUUGACACUGAGCCUGCUCUCAUGGCUGCUGCAAAUGUACCAUGAUGGAGACAGACGCCGGUGACUAGCUUUCUCUUCUGGUUGUUAUGAGCUGUUCAGCCACUCAGCCUCAGCCUCAGCUGCAUCCACGGGGCAUAAAACAUGGCAUUAAGUUUUGUCACUCACUGAGAAAUAAAAUAAUGCUCAUUUAUUAAA